AAGAAGAUAUGAUAGAUGAAUUCUUCUACACACUGAGGAAAUCGCUUGUAGAUAAAGCAUCAAACUGUCACCUCACGGACGAAGAUUUCGGAAUAGACAAUUCUAUUGUUGAUACAAAUAUUGAAAAGCUGCGACAACACAUUUUUAAAGUAGCUUCAAGGCAAAGUUACUGGGGAGAAUUUAUUCCUGCAAGAUGGGUAACUCUGGAGAACAGUACUGACAAUUUAAAAGACAAGGGUGAAAAGGUUCUUCAAAAAUCUGAAUUCCGCGAUCUGAACUACCGUUUACCUGUUCCAUUAGAAACAGAGGAUGAACUAGAACUGUUUUUGAGAUUUCAUCAUGAAACUGGAAAUAUACUGUACUACAGAGAUGAUAAGCUAAACGACACCAUUGUCCUUGAUCCUCAGUGGUUGAUAGAUGCUUUUAAAAGCUUGAUUACUGCCAGGAUGUUCUGUUGUAGAAAGUCGGCAAUAUUGAAGAAAUGGAUCGAAUUUGACCAGUCAGCCAUCCUAACCCACGGACUUAUUGAUGCAGUUUGGGAUAAAGAGGAUAACUCAGUAUUUCAUGAGCACAAAGAAUUGUUGCUGAACUACCUGGAGAGGCUAGGAUUAAUUGCAAAACCCCAUGAAGAGUCUGUGACAGAUUACUACUUCGCUCCAUGCGUUCUUAAAACGUGCCCAAUGGCGGAUCUACUGUCGUGCCUUGAUUGUGAAAAUCAGAAAUCAACCAGUAAAUUGUGUUUUACGACGACAUCUGGAUUCCUACCUACAGCUGUUUUCAACAAACUUCUGGCGGCCUGCAUCAGUAAAUGGACUCUGUCAAACAUAAACGGAAAGCGCCUGAUAUUCUGUGGGUUCGGUGUAUUUGACCUUGAAAAUAAUCAUUCACUAUAUGUGCAUUUCUUUGACAAUGUUAUAUAGAUAUGGAUAACAAAACUAAGCAUAGAAGAUGAGCCAAACACUGAUUUAUGUUCAGAAGUAAAUGCCUUUGUUACGGAGUUUCUCCAUAACAAAUAUAGAUGUUCAAGCGAUAUCAAAACACUUCUGAGAUGUCAGUAUGCCGAAGUUCGCUCAAAUGAGAAUGGAUCUGGACUAGAUGAGAUUGUUGACAAGGAAGAGGUUGUAUGUAAAUGUAGAGCAUCGCAACACGUAUUACGGACAAAAGAGCUUACGAAAUACUGGUUCUUUGACGUAUCAUCUGAUAUGCACUUGGACAAUGCUCGUGAGCUUAAUGAAAAGGAGCUGAGUACCAUUGCACAAGCUAUUGGAGACGGAUGGCAGCUUUUAGGGUCUGAGCUUGGACUGACUGCAGUAGAAAUGGAGCACAUAUCUGCAGAUAACAAGAAAGUUGUCAUGCAAAUCUACUAAAUGCUGUUGAAAUGGCGUUCCAAAAAUGCAAACGAAGCCACAGUGGGUCGCCUUCAUAAAGCAAUGAAGCGCUGCAGAAAAGUUACAUUUGACUGGGCAGUUAUUGAAUCAGUAUUGGCCUAAACUCACUUGACAAAACUGUUAAAGAUUAGGCAUCGUAGAAACAUAUCAGUUUUAAAAUGAUAACUUUCCUAAAGAUAAAAUGCAAACAUGGCAUACAACGAGUUAAUAUACGCAUCUCAAGCGUGUAUGCAGAGUCCAUCUACCCGGAGUAGCAGACAUUAAGAUCUCUGCAUACUUUGAUGCCUUCAAUUUAGAGCAAUAUGAUCAUAUGAUCCCUUUUUCAGCAGGGAAUUAGUUAUUUCAAAAUAGUAAAAGCGCGUUUAUACAAAAUGGCUACAUUUAUACUGUAUUAUACAAAUUUACGAAAUACAGUACCAAGUUGCUUAUUUUAAGCAUGUGGUGAAUGGCGUUGCGUUAGCUGAGUGAUCAAGGGCACUGUUUUUGAUACAAAAUCCUGUCUGUUUUAUUGAAUGUUGGUAGUGUCAGAAAGAUAUCAGUUUGUACUUGAUAGAAUGCUUGGAGGAAAAUCUGAUGCCCUGAAUAGUCUUCAAAUAACUUAUGUGGGUAUGAUUGAAAGCUCACCAGACUAACCUUAACUCAUUAAAUCACAUCACAGUGCCUUUAUUACACGAUAGUUGAUGUGAAUAUCUUUAAAUGUUUUCCCAUUCACCGCCGUGGGUUCAAACCCUACGCGGGUCAUCAGCCAGGAAGUCAUAUAGCGUUUUCCGGAAUGUCGGUAGUUCUGAUGCAUUAUGUAAGGUUGGGUAUCUAGAGUCUUCUUCGUAUGACCUACAUUGUAUGUUUGCGACUUUAAAAAUAAAGCUACUUUAUGUCGUUGUGCCAAUGUGCUAAAAUCAUAUUUAUUUUGUUAGAAAAUAAAAUCUUGAUGAAGAUCCUUUGCAUACAUUAAAUGCAACCAAGCCUAGUAAUAGCAGAUUCGUUUUGAUUGAGUCAUCAGAGGUAAUGGAAAGUGCAACCCAACUUAUGGCCCCUAGCAUCGGCUUAAGCGGAACUCCAUAACUAUAAACACAGAUAUGGAUAAUGGACUCUAUGAUCCCCAUGGACCAGAAUUUAUAAAGAAAAUGCUGAAUGCAAGUACGAGGAGACUUUAAAGAAAAGUCAGAACUAUUAGAGAUAAGCGCGAUCCCUUUCAUUCUCAUCUUCACUAUUUUGACUGGUUUUCACUUGUAGAUACAUUUCCGUCAUGAAAUAAAUUUAGCAUUUUAAAUCAUAUUUCAGUAUAUAUUUUAAUCUAUAUAUAAAUUAUGGUUUUAUAACUAAGUGUGCCAUAAACAUGUAAGCUAACAAAGCCACUUUGAAACUGAAUACAUACAUGCUGAAAUCUGAGGAAGAUAACUGUUUGUCCUUUUUACAAGCAGUUUUAUCCGGAUAACACAUUUUAAAACGUAAAUGUAAUAAAAGUAAUUUUCGGAAAAACAUGGUACUGUUUUCUGAAUCAAAAUAGCAAGUAUUUGCACAACAGUUCGAGGUAAUUCAUUAAACGGUUUUUGUCUAGUAUGUGUACUUCUUGAUCUCAUUGGUUAGUACAUCAUAAAUUAUGUAUCGCCCAGUGUAAUAUUUUAAGUUGUGCAUCCGAACAUAUAUAUGUAUACUGAGGUCAUUUAACUGUCUUAAGUUAUAUGUAUGAUAGCCUACUGUAUAUAUACAACUUAUUUUUAAGAUCGAAGAUAUGACUAGAACACUAUGUUGCAAGCAGGUGCCUUGAGAACACUAAGAAUAUCAACAUCAAACAACCUAUUUUUAACAAGUUUAUUAGUACUUUGAACAAUGCAUGUUGAUAAUGACAGACAUGUAAUACAUGUAUGAAAGAAUGACACUCAUUGUAUAUGCACUUUAUAUAUAUGGAAUCAUGUUUCCUUGUUAUACCUGUCUUUAAAAUUGUUAUGCACUUAGUUUAUAAAUAAAGGGGUUGUCAUUUGACAAUUCCAAAGA